UGAGAGUGAUGCCUUUUCUAUGGAUUUGUCCUCUAGGGUUUUCCCUUGCAGAUUCAUCAAGAUGAGCAUCAGCGCCCCACCCAGACUCCUGGAGCUGGCAAGGCAGAGCCUGCUGAGGGACCAGGCCUUGGCCAUCUCUGCCAUGGAGAGGCUGCCCAGGGAGCUCUUCCCCACACUGUUCGUGGAGGCCUUCAGCAGGAGAUGCUGUGAAACCCUGAAAAUGAUGGUGCAGGCCUGGCCUUUCACCCGCCUCCCUCUCGGGUCCCUGAUGAAGUCGCCUCAUCUGGAGACCUUAAAAGCUGUGCUGGAGGGAGUUGAUGUGCUGCUGGCCCAGGGGGUUCGCCCCAGGUGGUCAAAACUUCAAGUGCUGGACUUGAGGAAUGUGGAUGAGAACUUCUGCAGCAUAUUGUCUGGAGCCACUGCAUCCUUCCCGGAGGCUCUGAGUCAGAAGCACACAGCAGAGAGCUGUCCAGGGACAGGCGGGCAGCAGCCCUUGAUGGUGUUCGUAGACCUUUGCCUCAAGAACAGGACACUGGAUGAAUGCCUCACUCACCUCUUAGAGUGGGGCAAGCAGAGAAAAGGCUUACUGCAUGUGUGUUGCAAGGAGCUGCAGGUUUUUGGAAUGCCCAUCCACAGGAUCAUAGAGGUCCUGAACAUGGUGGAGCUAGACUGUAUCCAGGAGGUGGAAGUGUGCUGCCCCUGGGAGCUGUCCAUUCUUGUGAAGUUUGCCCCUUACCUGGGCCAGAUGAGGAAUCUCCGCAAACUUGUUCUCUUCAACAUCCGUGCAUCUGCUUGCAUUACCCCAGAAAACAAGGGGCAGUUCAUUGCCCGAUUCACCUCUCAGUUCCUCAAGCUGGACUAUUUCCAGAAUCUGUCUAUGCACUCUGUCUCUUUCCUCGAAGGCCACCUGGACCAGCUGCUCAGGUGUCUCCAGGCCCCCUUGGAGAUGGUCGUAAUGACCGACUGCCUGCUGUCAGAGUCAGACUUGAAGCAUCUCUCUUGGUGUCCGAGCAUCCGUCAGCUAAAAGAGCUGGACCUGAGGGGCAUCACACUGACCCAUUUCAGCCCUGAGCCCCUCGCAGUUCUGCUGGAGCAAGUUGAGGCCACGCUGCAGACCCUGGACUUAGAGGACUGUGGGAUCGUGGAUUCCCAACUCGGCGCCAUCCUGCCUGCCCUGAGCUGCUGCUCCCAGCUCAGCACCUUCAGCUUCUGUGGGAACCUCAUCUCCAUGGCCGCCCUGGAGAACCUGCUGCGCCACACCGUCGGGCUGAGCAAGCUAAGCCUAGAGCUGUAUCCUGCCCCUCUGGAGAGUUAUGACGCCCAGGGUGCUCUCUGCUGGGGCAGAUUUGCUCAACUUGGGGCUGAGCUGAUGAAGACACUGAGGGACUUAAGGCAGCCCAAGAUCAUUGUGUUCAGCACCGUCCCCUGCCCUCGCUGUGGCAUCAGGGCCUCCUAUGAUGUGGAGCCCAGUCACUGCCUCUGUUGAAUGCAUGCCAUCAGGGUGGAUAUAUUUCAAGCUUUCUUCUGGUCAUUUGGGAACCGAAUCAUAGGCCAUGAGUGCAUAUUAAAGGGAGCACAGACCCAUCAUUUCAGAUGCCUGUUCAGUGUGAACGGGAAAGGAACGGGGAUGCAGGAGGGGCAGGACUUGGGGAAAAGUUGACUUGGAGUGGAUGGGCUCUUUAGAGACCUGUGUCCCAGAGAACCAGAAAUGGGAAUCUGAAUUGCUUGAGUGAGAAUCAGGUAGGAGAGACACAUGAGAGGGUUACCCCCGCACAGAGGGUUGUAAUGGAACUGGAACGGUCACAAAUAAAGGAAACGGAGUGGAAA